AUGGAAGCCUUCAAACUCGUACAAUGGGGCGCCCCAGGCCAAUACGUCGACGUGCCCAAGCCGCAGCCCGGCCCCGGUGAAGUCCUCAUCCGCAUGAAAGCCGCGGGCCUCUGCCACACCGACCUGGACAUGGUCGACAGCCAGCCCGGCUCUGAGCCCUUUGCCAACUCCUUCGACGCAGGCUACAUCCUGGGCCACGAGAACGCGGGCUACGUCGCCGAGCUCGGCAGCAGCGUCACCGAUCUAGUUGUUGGGGAGGCGGUCGUCCACUGUGAGGCGUUUCGACGGGGCGCUAUCUGUAUGACGCGUGGGUGCGGCCUUGACGGCGGGCUGGCGGAGUUUCUGGUCGUGCCGCGGACUGAGGCCAUCUCCAUUGUGGAUGGGGACCCUGUGGUGUACGCACCGCUUACGGAUGCUGCUGUCACUGCCUAUCAUGCGAUACAGAACGUGGUGCAGCGGCUCAAGCCCGGCACGAGCGCGGCGCUGAUAGGUAUAGGCGGCCUAGGUACCUACGGCGUCCAGUUCAUCAAGCUGAUGACGGCAGCGAGGGUAUUUGCAGUGGACAAUGCAGAAGGUCGGCUGAAGGUGGCAAGAGAUGUCGGAGCAGAUGAGACGGUGCGAUUCGAGGAUGAUGGCAAGAGGGCUUCCGAGCAGAUCAUGUCUUUGACAAAGAGUCGAGGCGUUGACGCCAUCGUCGACUUCGUGGGCACUGCGGAGACUCUGAAGCUAGCAGCGGCGGUAUCUCGCCCCCGUGGACGUGUCGUCCUCCUGGGAAUGCAGGGAGGCACGCUUGGAGUUAGUUGGGGCCUGCUCGCCACAAGUUGCGAGUUUGCCAUCAGCCUUGGCAGCACGCGGCAAGAUUUGAGGGAGGUUUGCGCGCUGGUCAAGCAAGGCAAGUUGAGGGUUGACGUCCAAGAAUUCUCGUUUGACAACGUGCAGAAGGCCUAUGAUCAGUUGAGGGCUGGGAGUCUGGUGGGACGAGCCGUAGUCGUAUCUCCAUAG